GCUGGACGAGUGUGUUCAGGUCACCGAGGGCUCAAAGACCAAGGAGAGACACCUGUUCCUCUUCAGCGACGUCAUUAUCUUCGCCAAACUCAAGUCGACUGCCAGCUACCGUCUGAAGCACAGAGUGAACCUCGAGGACAUCUGGCUUUACGGUUUUGAAGAUGAACCGGAGGAUGAGGAGGGAACAGCGGCGGAUUUUGACCUCAGGGUGACUCUCGUCUUGGCCUGGGCUCUCACUUUUUGCUUGGUGUGUUUUCGCUCGCCUGAGGUGAAAGAACGCUGGUUAGAUACUCUUUACAGAAAAAUUAAAGACGCAAAAGCGAGGGUUGGUUGUGCUUCUUCACCUCCAGACGUCCUAAUGAAGGUGUUGAGCGGCAGCAUCACAACUAAAACUCUAACAGGAGGUGGCAUGGAACAAUUCAUUGAGUUUCCACUUGAUGGAGAUGCAAAGAUCUCUGCUGUGUCAAAGCAGCCGAAUAACCAGGAGGACAAACCAGCACAGCCCAUUGAAACCAAGUGGAACCUGGUGAGGAGGCUCGGAAAGGGCUCUAGCUUCGUCAGAAAAGCACGCCGAUCAGAUGCAGACACAAAGACACAGCUGUUUGGACAGCCACUCUGCAAGAUAUGCCCAGACGACUGCUCACUUCCAAAACCAGUCGCAGAGAUGCUGGUGUUGCUGAGGAAGAGAGGGCCGUCCACAGAGGGAGUGUUUCGGAAACCGUGCAACAACAAGAACAUGAGGGACAUCAGAGAGCAGAUCAACAGUGGACUGGAGGUGGACAUGGAUAGCCAGCCGGUCGUUCUGCUUGUCGGGCUCCUCAAAAGUUUUCUGAAGGAGCUUCCUGGCAGCCUGCUGGUGUCUGAACUUUAUGACAACUGGAUGACGGCUCUGGACAACGAAGACACCCAGGAGAAAGCUCUGGAAAUCAGAAAGGUGGUAGACAAGCUACCCGGGGCUAACAAACUCCUCCUCCAGCAUCUAGUCUGCGUCCUCCAUCACAUCCUCGAGAGGGCCGACACCAACAAGAUGGACGCCCACAACCUUGCGGUGUGUAUCGCCCCCACGCUGCUGCAGCUGGAUGGCACGCCGCUGGAUGAGCAGAAGGAAAAGAUGAAGAAGGUCACAGAGCUAACUCAGUUCCUGAUUGAGCAUUGUGAGAUACUUGGAGAGAAUAUCCCAAAUCUGCUGGAUACUGAUGAAGACUCGCUGUCCUCUCAGCAUCAUGAUUCCGCGUAUGACAGCACCGACCCAGAUGGAGAUGGAGAGGCAGGAGAGACUGCCAGCUCCACGCAUGGAGAGAGCGGGUCAUCUUCUUCUCUCAGUCCCAGCUUCACCAUCUCAUCUUGGCCAGCUGAUGCUAUCUUCGACGAAAAGCCGACAUUCAACCGUCGCUGCUCUGAGCCCAUCAUCCUCCUCUCAGCAGAUCUGCAGAGCCUGUGCAGCCACUCCAGGAGCCAUGAUGACUGCUCGAUGGAGAGGGAUGACUUUGACGAGCAGCCUCUGAAAAAGCAGAUCUCAGAUGACUCCUUCUUGCUCAAAGUACGAGGUGGAGCAAGGCCAGUGUCUUUUCCAAAACUGAGCAGCAGCUCCAACAUGGAUCCACUGCCCUACAUGACAGGCAAAGACUGCUCAUGCUCUUCCCUAGAGAGUGCUGCCUCUAAUCAGUCAGAAAGCUCCGUUUUCACCAGUUCCCCAGUGGGGUCGCCAGCCUGCCCCAGGAGAUCAAAUGCUACCAACCAGCCUUCAGUGGCUGCAAAGGCUCAACAGGACAUUGCCAGACCACUUGCAGAUGAGAAGAGACGUUCACACUCUGUGAGAAUUGCCAGUAAAGUCCUUAUGAGGACCAGGAGCUUAGGAGCCUUCAGCAGGAGCAGCCUGAAGAAAGACUCUCCGAAGGAAAACUCCUUCCCUUGUGAAACUCUCCAGGAGGACUCUCAGAGUGAAGCAGAUACAACAGCUGAGCUUCUGCACAAGCCACGCCCUCUGUCUGCCAUUGAAGUGUUUAAGCACGUGGACAGCAAGCUGCCCUGCAGGCCUCCAGCAUACGAGCAGGCAGUGCAGAACAUGGGUCUUCCUCCCCAGUACGGAUCAAUGACUGUACACGAUGCCAUAAAGCUGGACAGGAGGUCCCGUCCAUCCUCUGUAAAUUAUGACUUGCCAGCUACCUGUUCUGUCAAUCAGUACAUAGACUGUUUUGCUCAAGCAGCCCAGGACAAAGCCAAGAGUGUCGAGCAGCGGCAGCCUUUCCGCCAGAGAGCUAUGUCUGAGUCGGUGUCUGCAAGUCGUCAUGACGUUGUGUCACGGCGAUGUAGCCAGCCUGUGUUUGAGGAAUUUUCUUAUGCUAAAGAGUCUUAUGUUUGAUUGACUUUUCUCAGAUUGGAUUUUAGCGAUACAAUCAUUUAUCGGAGUUUGAUCUCAGUGGGCAAAGUCAAAGAACCAGUUGUCAAGCUGCAAAUAAGCAGCCUGGCAAGUUUCUUUUAUUUUCAUUCAUUCAGAGCCACAGCAUUCAUCAAUUUCGAAGGUUAGUUAGCCUGCCCUUUUAACUAAGACAACUUAAUAUGGCUGGAUUGUAUGUUUUUUUUAAUAGCAAGAGAGUUUGGCUUCAUAAUAGGUGCCACUUCCUCUCCUAUUAUUUCACUUUUCACUGUUCUUUUGUUGGUUAGACAGAGAAAUGCCCUUCUUUAGGCUCUGCCCACUGAGCUGCUCUGUGUUAGAGAAAUGCUUGUAUAUGUACAUCAGGUCCAAUUUGUUAUUUUUCACUGUUGUUCACUUUGAAUAAAUGUCAGCUAUGUGCUGCCUUUCUGGUUGCACUUUGUCAGUAGUACUAUUUAGAGUACAACAUUUAAUAGAUAUGUAGUUAUCAUGAUAGAUAUCUAGUCUAUCACAAUGAAGCUAUGGAACCACACUUCACUGUGGAUAAAAAUAUGCUAUAAGUUUUUUGUUGUGUUGUUUUGACUUAGUCAUAUGUACAGUCAAGCACAUGGAGCACAAUUUGUUUUGCUUUGUGCAAACCUUGCAUGGUCUUUUUUUCUUGCACUACAGUAAAGCACUUUUCUAAUGAUAAAAUAUACUUUGUUUAUUUGUAUGCUAAAAUGUAAAUAAUGUCAGAUAGCAAUAGAUAUAGAUGGAUACUCUUUGUCAAGAGAUCUUCCAGAUUCAAGCAAGUCCAUGACACAUGGUUGUUGUAGAAAAACUAUGCAAUAAAAGAAAAUA